GAGGGCUUCCGUUCAAAAAUUCCUAACUCAUAUCUUCUAACUACGCGGACGAAGUCGCGGGCAACAGCUAGUGUUAAUAUGUCUGUAAUCUGACAGUUUUAAAUCGACCUCGAAAAGGAGGUUAUCAGUUUACAAUUUAUACAUUAAUAAGUGGGAUUCUCAGAAUGACUAAUAUAUGUGCUAUUGACGCAAUUAUCGCAAUAAGUUUUUAAAUUACAUAAUCCUGUUGUUCUCGUGGUUAGUGGCCCAAUUGCUAUACCAUAGGUCGUGGGUUCGAUUCCCUACCAGGACAACGGUCACUGGUUCUGUGUCUGGUUGUAAUUGAUCUAUAAUAUGUAUCUACAUAUUUAGGAAUAUUUAAUUACAGAAAUUUACUGUGCUUUGGCAGAUAUAUUUUUAGAUUAUCAAAGUUUAUUGAGGUUAGGUAGAGACUCGCUGUGUCAUAUCAAGUUAUAGUUUUUAUUUGACCACAGUCCCACACGUUUGCUUAUCUGUUUGUAUAAUUUUUAUACCUACAUCAUGUUAUAAAAGAGGAAAAUGGUUUCAAAGAAUUAAAUGUGCAUGUUUACACACUUCUGAUUAAUUAAAUUCAGAUAUGUAACGUCUAUAUGAAAAUUAUACAUAGAUACAAGAGCUAUUUAAAUAUUGAAUUCUCUUUUAAUAUCUGAGUAUAUGCUAUAUUUAUGUACAUAGAUGUCAAUAUGCCAAAUAAACGUAACGUUUCGGAACUUUUUUAUUUUGAUACCAUGAUUACUAUGUAUUUAAUCUUAGUCCUUUGUUUUUGGCUCUUAAAAAAGGUAAACAAUGAUUUUGGGCUGUCUAUUUUUACAAACACAUUUUUAAAUAAAUAAAUAACUGAUAUAAAGUGUCUACUCAAUUCAGUUAUCUUCUUUUGUUAUACACGGGUUUUAAGUCGCGUUUCACUUUUUUCAAAUGUUUUUUACACAAAUAGUAUCUGAACAAAUGGUGUAUGAAACAAGUGUAACUUUUUUGGGGCUUUUAAAAGUGCCACCUGUGCGACUGUAAGAACUACUGUAAAGGCCACGCUCAGCCUCACUUUGAAGUUAACGCGAUUAAAUCUAUCAUGUUAGUCAUAGAUGGCGCUGUCGUAUUGUUUAAAAGCACUAAUAGAGGGCGCUGCUCCGGCACAAAACAUUACUUAGAAGUGAUCCGAGCGAGCUUUUGUCUCCCACGCAAAGCUCAAACUCGUACAACGUGUACGGGCAGCGAUACUUUUAUGGGUACGCAAUACAUUUCUGGUUAAGAAUUCUUACUCGUCCGUAAUUUCACACAGAACGGGCAAUGUAUCUUAUUUGAGAAAAAACGAUCGUGUUUCGUAGGGAGCUGGUAGUGUCGUGGUGAGCUGGAGUUGUGAACGCGGGACCGGUAGGCAGCGGCCGGCGGCAGUAGAUUCGUGUUCGCUAACAUUGGCAGGUGGCACGCUGCCCCACACAAGCCUCUAACUUGCGCUCGCGAUUUCAUCUCUUUUGUACAUAACAUUUGUGAUCCCCGUUUGGUGUAAGUUCAUAAACUGUUGAGUUUUAGACAAGUUUAUAAUGGAACAAUGUAAUCUGUGAACUAAAUAAUAGUGUCGUGAAGUGUUCGAAGAAAUACCGGCUCCGUCAGUCGUGUUGUCAAGUACGAUUUAAGUGCAAAAAUAAUCUUAUUGAAGUUAAAACUGACGAUGAUCAAAUAUUUCGUAUGAUGCUCUUCAGCUUAAUUAGUGACAAGUGAACAUUGGACAUCAUUCCUAGAUUAAGUGAGGCAGCGGCUGGGCAGCCACCGGUGCGGCGGCUGCGGCGGCGGGAUGAUGGACUGCCUGUGCCCCGCGCCGCGCACGCUGGCCUGUCGUGUGGUCUUGCUAGACGAACGAGAGCUUUUGCACGAAAUACAGGACAACAACACGGGGCAGGCCUUGUUGGACGUGGUGUUCCGGCACUUGGACCUCCUCGAGACAGCUUACUUCGGCCUCCGCUAUGUCGACCAAGACAAUCAAACUCACUGGCUGGAUGUCGGGAAGCGUCUCCGUCGACAGCUUCGAGGCUCCGACCCUCAUACCUUUUACUUCGGAGUGAAGUUCUACGCAGCAGACCCGUGCAAGCUACUCGAAGAGAUUACCCGGUACCAGCUGUUCUUGCAACUGAAGCAAGAUGUGGUCAGGGGUCGGCUGCCCGUCAACUUCGACCUUGCCGCUGAACUCGCCGCGUAUGUCCUACAAUCGGAACUUGGUGACUUCGAUCCGAGACGACACGGGAUCGGGUACGUGUCAGAGUUCCGGUUGUUGGCGCAUCAAACCCCAGAGCUGGAGGCGAGAGCCGCAGAAAUACACCGCACGCUCACGGGUAUUUCACCGGCACAGGCUGAAUUGAGCUACUUAGACAAAGUGAAGUGGCUGGACAUGUACGGAGUCGAUCUGCAUCCAGUUUUGGGUGAGGACAGUGUCGAAUAUUUCCUCGGCUUGGCGCCAAGCGGUCUUUUACUGUUACGCGGAAAACAUACAGUUGCGAACUAUUAUUGGCCGCGCGUCUCGAAACUUUAUUACAAGGGACGCUACUUCAUGCUCCGCGUAGCAGAUAAAAACAAUGAUACCUCAACAUACGGCUUUGAGUCGCCGACGAGGUCAGCCUGUCGGCACUUAUGGCGGUGCUGCUCCGACCAUCACACCUUUUUCCGAAUGCAACAAACAUCCCCUGCUUCCGCAGAUAUCUUUGCUCUAGGGACCAGGUUAAGGACUAGUGGUAGGGGAUCCAGACCUCGACCACCACCAGCUUUCACACGGACUCCGUCGCGGCGGAUCGGCCGGCCGCCCCAUGCGUCACAUGCAUCGCUAAAUGAUGUUCCAAAACUAGAAGACUUAAGAAUAAAAGACUGCCCCCCAGAAAUGAAACAACCUACCUCAGUUAACCGACCAAAUUCGCUUAGAAUAACAGGCGAUGUGAUGGGUGGUUGCGAUGUUCCCACUGUUGGUGGGUCACCUCGGUCUACUCGUUCAGCGCCUACUCGGCGAGGACUGUAUUCGGCGUCGCCGACGGCCACCAGACCUCCACCCGCACCACGACACCGAUCUGCAUCUGUUGACUCUCAAAGUUCCAAUGACUCCCGUUCCAAUCGCAAACAUAAGCAUCGCUCGCGAAAGCAGCAAUCGGACGCGGAGAGUGAACUUUCGCGGGGUUCUGGGCGGUCCGGACGGCGGCAUCGGCGUCACCGGUCGCGACAUAAGCAUGAAUCUGGUUCCGAGAGAGACGACUCACAACCAGAUACCAAAGAAUAUGAACUGGUUGAAUCAGAAUCACAAUGGAAAGAAGUAUUACGACAAAGCACUGUUGGUAGCGGUGUUCAAGUCGCUAACGUUCGGCGUUCACAAAUGGAACCGGAAACCGGGACGCAUAGAUCGUCUCACAGACACAGGAGACACAGAAAGCAUCGGUCACGGUCAGGAUCUCCCAAUGAAAAAAAAUGGUUGCCCAACGAAUUGAAGCAACAUCUCGAGUUCUCUUUAGUUGAUACAACUGGAAUGACAGAGGAGCAGUUGAAGGAAAUACCAUACACUGUUGUCCAGACUAGCCAUGCUCGACAAACUAAGCUCAGGACUUCGUCAAAACAUAGGCAGACUGAACAUGGUUCAUUAGCGAGGCGAGACAAAAGUUCCUCAUCUCACGGAAAAAUAAAUCAUGACAAUCAUAUUCAAGGAUCUCUACGAUCAAGUUCCAGUACACUCAGUACGCAUCGGACCGGUCACGAGAAACAUGGAAGACGUGUUUAUCCAAGCUACGAUGAAACUGUUGGACGAAACGGCGACGAUUUCUUGACAAAUAAUGGAUACAAAGGCAACGUGACACCGAUCUCGAACAACAACAACCCUUACAGCCCAGUUACCAACAGCAACAGUAAUAGUUCAAGUGGGGAACUAAUAUCGGGGAGUGCGCGCGUGUCACACGAGCACACGGACUCGGGCCUGGGGGCGGAUCAGGAUUACGCGUAUUCAUCCGAGAGCAGGCGAAUGGAAUCUGAUGUAAGGCCCAUGUCUGUCGGGUGCAGGUCGAGUGACAGCGCCAAGUGCGGAGCUGGCGGGUCAUCACGUGCGGCGCCUGCUGCAGAGCAACUGAGCAUACCAAAUGAAACUUCUGGGGCUCCCAGCAGCUCUGGCGACGGCAGCAAGCCCGCUCCAGCUGAAAUGAGUACAGAACUCUGAAUCGUAAAAUAAUCCUUUUAUAUUACCCGCUAUUAUUAUACUCAAUAACUGAUCUUAAUUGUUUCAUAGUAAUUCAUUCGUCGUUCUCAGUAAUGUUAUUUUUUUCGCUGAGUUAUGUUGUGUUAUAUAGUAUCAUAAGGUUUUUGAAAAUCGUAAUUUAAACGUCUACCUAGUGCUACAGUAUUUUUAUAAAAACUUUUUAUGAUUAGUGUUAAAUGAAAUAUUUUGAACUCGAUUGUGCAAAAUAUUUAAUAGUUAAUUUUGUUACUGAACUGCAUUUUAGAGAAAUUAUCUACGAUUUAUUAUCCAUACCUACAGAGAUGCUGUAAUUAGUUCGAUAUUUUAUAUUUUCAGUUAUUUUAUUUUACAGAUUUAUAUGUAAAUACUUAUUCUGUUUAUAAUUUACGAAUAGAUUUUGUCGAAUGCCUUUUCAAAAAUAUUUCAGUUUAUAUGUCGCAGACAUUUUGAUAAAAAGAAGUAUCUUGUGCCAAAGAUUCUGUGAACGAAAAUCAGAUUUGGAAACUUGUUUUUUUUUUCAUGUGUAUAUAAGGAAACAGUUUUAUAAAUAUUUACCAUUUCACAAAGUUACUCGAAAGUGUAUGCCUAAGAAUGUUGUAAAUAUAUAACUCGUUCUCUACGUUUUAUUGCCUCCGCUUAUAAGAAAAUUAUUUUCACAGUUACAAGACACAGUUUAAAAUUAAUAUAUUGGGUAUUUAUUUAUUCAACAAUUGACGACGGGUAUUAUUUAAAGUCUUACCAUUCUCAUUAAUGUAAGUUAAUCACAAAAUCUUGUACAGAUGUUAUGUAGCUUAGUCUUAAUAAAUUCAAGUAAUUUAGCUGUAGUCGGUAACAUCUAUUUUAUCAGGAAAUCAAACUACAAGUAUAAAUACAUGGGCCAAUCCGCAACAACCAUCGUAAAACAGUUGAACAAUCUGUUCCUUUUUUAAUUUCAGCGAAGUCAAAGCAUAGUUUAAAAAUUAAUAUUACACAGCAUUUCCACGAUAUUGCAGAAUAGUUCGCUGAAAAUUAAAACUUCUCGGCAAGACUGAGCUCGCGUUUUUUUCCUUUUUGCAAAAUGUCGCAUGUAGAGCAGUCAUUACCGCGGCGCUGCUAUCGACUGCCACUUAAGGCAGGUAGAGGGGCGCUAAGGAUCACGGCUCCUAAGACUCAUGGCAUACAUUACAUGUUUCUGAAGUGCUUUCAAUGAAACAAAUCUAAACACUAGCUGUAAACAUCGUGCCUUCAUAAAGGGUUGCCAGCUGAAACUACUGCGACUACCAGUUAUAUACUCGUACAUAAAAAACAGUUGUUAAAAACUUCUUUAUACAUUUCGAUACGCACUGCUAAAGAAGGGAGUCCAACCUCUUUUGUAGACGCUCUUUUUUAUAAUACGUUAUAAAAGUAGUCAGUAACUUGUAAAAAAAAAAAAUUUGAUUCAGACGUGACUUUGCUCAGAUUCUAAUCCGUACAUAUAAAACAUUUACCCGCAGCUAACUUUACAUUUAUCUCAUAAAUACUGUCAAUCUCAAUAUUUGUAAUCGAUACCGAGAAUCGGUAAUAGAUAUUAUUCAUUUGUAUAAUAUUUCCAAACGAUGCGAUUAGUCUGUCAAAUUGUGUACUGUCAAGACUGAUAAGAUUGCGACUGUAAUGCUACUCACACAAUUUUUGUAACCGAUUAUAACAGUUUAUAUGUAUUUUUUCGAAAUUGUUUCGAUUGUUCACAUUAAACGAUCUAUAUCAA